UCUCAAUAAGUUAUAUCUCUAUGGGAAAAAGGUGGAACCGAAAUAACGUUAUUGUUGACAACAAUUUUGCAUAUAAUGUUGCAGUUGAAGUAAUGCAACAAGAUGGGGAUCUUGAGCCAAAAUCUAUCGAUGAAUGUAGACGGAGAAAUGACUGGCCAAAAUGGAAAGAUGCAAUUCAAGUGGAAUUGGCUUCACUCGAAAAACAUGAAGUUUUUGGACCAAUAGUCCAAACACUUGAAGGUGUCAAGCCAGUGGGGUACAAAUGGGUUUUUGUGCGAAAACAAAAUGAAAAAGGUGAAAUCAUAAGGCAUAAAGCACGACUUGUGGCACAAGGGUUUUCGCAAAGGCAUGACAUUGAUUAUAUGGAGACAUAUUCUCCUGUGGUAGAUGCAAUUACCUUCAGGUAUUUAAUAAAUUUGGCAGUCCAUGAAAAACUUGAUAUGAGGUUGAUGGACGUUGUCACAACCUACUUAUAUGGCUCACUAGACAAUGAGAUUUUUAUGAAAAUCCCUGAAGGAUUUAAACAUGAAGUUUUUGGACCAAUAGUCCAAACACCUGAAGGUGUCAAGCCAGUGGGGUACAAAUGGGUUUUUGUGCGAAAACAAAAUGAAAAAGGUGAAAUCAUAAGGCAUAAAGCACGACUUGUGGCACAAGGGUUUUCGCAAAGGCAUGACAUUGAUUAUAUGGAGACAUAUUCUCCUGUGGUAGAUGCAAUUACCUUCAGGUAUUUAAUAAAUUUGGCAGUCCAUGAAAAACUUGAUAUGAGGUUGAUGGACGUUGUCACAACCUACUUAUAUGGCUCACUAGACAAUGAGAUUUUUAUGAAAAUCCCUGAAGGAUUUAAACAUGAAGUUUUUGGACCAAUAGUCCAAACACCUGAAGGUGUCAAGCCAGUGGGGUACAAAUGGGUUUUUGUGCGAAAACAAAAUGAAAAAGGUGAAAUCAUAAGGCAUAAAGCACGACUUGUGGCACAAGGGUUUUCGCAAAGGCAUGACAUUGAUUAUAUGGAGACAUAUUCUCCUGUGGUAGAUGCAAUUACCUUCAGGUAUUUAAUAAAUUUGGCAGUCCAUGAAAAACUUGAUAUGAGGUUGAUGGACGUUGUCACAACCUACUUAUAUGGCUCACUAGACAAUGAGAUUUUUAUGAAAAUCCCUGAAGGAUUUAAACAUGAAGUUUUUGGACCAAUAGUCCAAACACCUGAAGGUGUCAAGCCAGUGGGGUACAAAUGGGUUUUUGUGCGAAAACAAAAUGAAAAAGGUGAAAUCAUAAGGCAUAAAGCAUGACUUGUGGCACAAGGGUUUUCGCAAAGGCAUGUCAUUGAUUAUAUGGAGACAUAUUCUCCUGUGGUAGAUGCAAUUACCUUCAGGUAUUUAAUAAAUUUGGCAGUCCAUGAAAAACUUGAUAUGAGGUUGAUGGACGUUGUCACAACCUACUUAUAUGGCUCACUAGACAAUGAGAUUUUUAUGAAAAUCCCUGAAGGAUUUAAAGUUUCUGAAGCACAUAAAAAUUCAAGAGAAACUUGUUCAAUAAAACUUCAGAAAUCCUUAUACGGAUUGAAGCAAUCAGGGAGGAUGUGGUACAAUCGCCUUAGCGAGUAUUUGCUAAACCAAGGGUACAAAAAUGACC